UUUUUAAAAUUGCCGCCAUUGGCGCAGUGUACGUUUUACGUAAUAUUUGACGUUUUAAAUUGAAAGCAUGUAGUGUGUACAAGUUUGACAGCUCAUGUGCAAGUAUUCUCCGCAUUUCGAACCCAAUAUUCCAUACAUUUUGUUUAUGUCUAAAAAAAAAACUCUAUAUUUUUUAAAAUUUUGCAAGUAAUUUCAAUAAAAUGGCAUUAAUCGAGGAAAUAGACAGAGAUGAUGACCAACAAGUGUCGAAAAAACCAACGUCCAAAAUGACUGACGAGGAACGUGCAGCGUUGGCUGAAAAGAUGGACAAAGAACUGGAUGAUUUUAUCGAUUCGUUAGAAAAGCGUGGUUACACUGAAGGAUGGCCUGAAGAUCGAUGGGAAGAGGAAAUGAAUAAGCAUCCAUUUUUUAUGAAAGAAUCACCAAAACCUGGUGACGAAUUACAUCCAAUGCUCGAAGGUAUUCAACAGUUAAAAUAUGAUCCAAUGGAAAAUACACUAGAAGACCUAGCAGCCACAUACAAAGACGACGGCAAUUACGAUAUGAAAAAUAAAAAAUAUCGAAUGGCAAUUUAUAGUUACACCGAAGGCUUAAAUCAAAAAUGCGAAAAUACCGAAUUGAAUGCAACACUAUACAAUAAUCGAAGUGCAGCGCAUUUCUUUUUGAAAAAUUAUAGGUCUUCAUUUUUCGAUGCAAAAAAGGCCAUUGAAUUGAAAUCCGAUUAUGAAAAGGCCGCAUUUCGUAUGGCACAAUGUUCAUUCCAUUUGAAAAAGUACGAAGAAUGCAUUGAAUUGUGCAAUCAGUACAUCGAUAAAUAUGGUCAAAAUGAUAAAUGCUUGGAUCUACGAAAGAAGGCACGUGAGACACAUUUACAAGAAUUACGCGAUGAACGAAAAAAGCAGAAUGAGCAACGGCGUAAAGGUGAAACGCUGAAGCGAACGAUUGAAGAACUUAAAUCGAGGAACAUUAGAUUCGAAGAACAACUUGAAACAUCAGCAUAUGAAGAUCUGAUAAAACCGUCAUAUUUACCGCUCGAAGAGUAUCCCAUUCAAAUAACCGACGUUGGUCAGCUGCGUUGGCCAGCAGUAUUUUGCUAUCCAGAAUUUGAAAUAUGCGACUUUCAACAGCAGAUUUAUGAUAAUAAUACAAUCUAUGACAUUCUGUGUGAUUUAUUUUCGGAACGAAUGCCACAGGACAAAACAUAUAAAUACAAACCAGAUACGGUGAAUGUGUACUUUGAAAAUCGCAUCAAAGCAACAAUACAUCAAGUCGAUGUACGGAAAACGAUCAAGGAAAUCACAAGUGAUAAGAAUUUCUUGGUGGGUCGGGGCAUUCUUACAUUUCAUGUUGUGACCAAAUCAACCGAUGCUGAGAAACGUUUUCUAGCCCAAGAACGAACUCGACUUAACAUCACAAAGUUUUAACAGAGAGAUAUAUAUACUGUUCAUGUUUUUUUUAUUAAAAAACGAAAUAAAUUCUAGGCUAUUAUUAUCAAUUCAUAAAUAAUUUAAAUAAUUAUGUUUGCA